AUGUCUUCGCGGCGUCGAGAUGGAAAGGAGCGGACACUCGAAGUCCAGUUGAUCCACAUUAUAUACCUGCUGAAUUCUCAUGAGCUUUAUAUCUACGUGAGGAGUAUUGUCCUUUUCAGCCUUACUCCGCCAUUCUUCACGGCCACAAACAAGCGAAAACGAGAUUACCAGAUUGGGUCAGAUUGCAUGAAGCAGCCAAGGGAGUGA